UAGUGAGUGAGCGUGUGGAGUGCAUGUGUGUAUGUGAGGGCGAAUGUUAGCCAUUGCUUAGCAAGGACGAAUGCCAUCGAUUGCUGUUUUCGUUUGUUUCGUUUGCAGCAACUACAUUUCGGUUAUUAUGACAAGCGGAAUAAAAUGAUUUAAAACGUUUUGUGCACUGCACUGCAGACCAGACUUUGAUUUCAUUGUGGAUUUGUUUUUCCUUUUUUUUCAAAAAUUCAUUUGACCAUAAAAACAAACAUAGUUUUUCAUCUAAUCAAACAUAUAUCGUUACUCACUCUCUCCCCCAAAUCGAAUAAAUAAAAAUCCAUAUAAACAUCACAAAAAAAAGCAAAAUACCAACCAAACAAAGUUGAAAAAAUUGUAAAAUAUAUUUUAUUGCUUAAUAAAAAGUAAGAAAAAACAAACAAAAUCCCACACACCAACUAAAAAUGCAUAUGAAAAAAAGUUGUGAGUACCAAAACCUAAAAUAAAUAAAUUUGUGAGUGAGUGCAUUUGUGAUGCAAAAGAAGAAAUUGAGAAGAAAAAAAUUUGUUUAAUUGAAGCAAACAUUUGAAGCAUAUAAAUAAUGUUCAAAUGAGAAUCAUAACUAAUAAAGAAAAUAAUUAGUGCAGGUGAUUUUUAUUUUGUUCGAAAAGAAAAAUUCAAAAAAAAAAACGAAACACCGAGUGAAAUAUCGUGUCCUUUUAGAAACGACUUUUUCUACCACUCCACUGCGAACGGGAAGGAAAAACCAGCGGAUGCAGCCGGCUGAGAUUAGGCUAAACGAGUAUGAUUGAACGAGCUGAAUUAGCUAAAGUGUGUGCAUAAAAAUAAACUCCUAAAUCCUAUAAUAAGUGUAAAAUAGUAAGUUAAUCAGCAAAACCACCAAAAAAAUAAAAAGAAAUUUAAGGAAAUUCAAAAGUGACAAGAUUUUUUUUAGCAAUUAAUCUUAAAAGCCUAAACUGAAAACUGAUUGGUAAUUUUCUUAACACAAGUCACUAACACACGGGAACUAAAACACCCCACAAUGUUGUCCCCUCAAAAAUAUCUUAUUGAGUGCUGUGAAAGCAUACAAUGCUUGAAUAACUGCACCUGCACCCAUCACAGCAACAUCAAAUCCACCACCACUAACAAUAACAACAGCAACCAAAAUAAUAUCAUGUUGUCCUGCGAUGCCUGCAGCAAUGCCAAAAGAAAAUCAACAACUGCCAGGAUAUUGCCACCAGCAAUAACAUCUCUACAGAGAUUAUCAACAUCAUCAGCAACAACAGCAACUGUAUCUCCAUCUCCUUCUCCAUCACCACCAACAACAACAUUCCAUAGACAAAAAUCUACACACUGUCUGGGGAGGACCUCGAGGAGUCUCUUCAAACAUAGUAAUUUAUUCAUAGUUGCAUUGUUAUUUGUUAUAACAUCAUGUAGUGAUCUCGUUGAGGGCGCUUUGCGUAAUGUCAAUUUAAUCAUUGAACCACCCGCUGUUAGACGUGGUCAACAUGCCAUACUGCGCUGUAUGUACGAUCUCGAGGGUGCCCCACUAUAUUCGGCCAAAUUUUAUCGUGGCCAAUUGGAGUUUUAUCGCUAUACACCGGGUGAAUUUCCAAAUACCAAAGUUUUCCCCUUUCCUGGCAUUCAUGUUGAUGUCACCAGCUCGAAUGCGACACAAGUGUUAAUACGCAACGUGGGCUUUGGUUUGUCGGGCAAUUUCUCAUGUGAAGUAACUGCAGAUGCCCCAUUAUUCUCAACAGCAACGGCAUUUGCAACAAUGCAGGUUGUCGAACUUCCUGACAAGCGACCUCUACUGUUUACCGAACAAACUCGUUAUGAGCCAGGUGAUGUCCUAAGAGCCAAUUGCAGUACUCCUCCAUCCAGACCCAGAGCAGAGCUUAAAUUUACUAUAAAUAAUAUGGUGGUCAACAAUGCCGAUGUACAAUACAUACGGACCAUUGAUAAUUUGAUUGCAUCGCGCAUUAGCCUGAAACUGCAAUUGCAGGGUGUACACUUUAGCAGCGUUAAUCCUUCAAACUAUGGCCAUGUUUAUGGCAUAAAUUCCGUGCAUGGUGGCGGCUUAGUGUUGCGUUGCACCGCAACCAUUGGUGAAUUGUAUCAGGAAUACAAGGAAAUUGAACUGGGAACACCGCAAAAGGAUCCAGUGCCAGCACGAGUGACCCUCUCUUCCGGAUCAACGGUCAAAAAUUUCAUGUCGUUGUUUUCAUCGGGCGGCAAUACAAAAACCACAACAUUGGAUUCUACAAAAUUGUUUCUAUUGACGGCCAUUUGUCAUUUCGCAUCGAUUGAUACAUUGCUGCUGCAGCUCUAUUCAAGUGUACAUAAACUGUUGAGGUACAAAUUUACACAGCAUUCGCAACAAAAUGGCGAGGGUUCGCAUUUACAACAAUUAUUAUCACAGAGAUAACUUUAUGGCUUUGAUAUCAAUUAAUUGCACCAAAAAUAAAAAAUCAAACAACACAACAAAACCAAAAAAAAAAAAAAAAACAAAUCCAAAUCCAAACAGAGAGUGUAAGCAUUUAUAAAUGAAAGUAAUCAAAUAAAAAUAACGACAACUACCACAACAACAACAGCAGCAAAAAGAACAAAAUUUAAAAAAUUGUGUUAUAUUUAGCGUAAAAUGACGUUGCUGGAGUUGAUUACGAUAGAUAAAGCGCGCUAUGGAUAUGGAUAUGGAUAAUGAUAAAUUAUAAAGCUUAUUAUUUUUACUAAAAGAGCGAGUUGUAGAGAGCAUAAGCAUGCAAACAAUCCAUUGUUUGCCUGUUUGUAGGUUUAUUAUUAAUAAAUGAAUUAAUUAAUUAUAUUUUUAUAGUUAAUACGCCAUAUGAUAUGAUUAAGAUUAACAACAGAGAAUUGUAAACAUUUAACGGACACAUGUGUAUAAUUGUUUAUCGAUUUCGUAAAAAAAAAAACUAAAAGGAUAACACAAUUGUGGUGAUUAUGUGUGUAUGAGUGAGUGUCACAGGUAUGGUCUAAGAGAACCCAAAACCCACACCCACUCUCCUACAGGUGUCAUAAUUUGGCUUUUGUGGAAAAAUAUAUACCUUAUGUACUCUAUCCAAUCUAAGAAAGAUAUAAAAGCGAGACAGAAAAGCAGUUUCUAAGGAAAAUAAUACCAAGUUUAACCAUUUGACUACCUGAUCAUUCAAUAUGUUUGAUAUGGAUACAUAUCAAACAAUCGUCUGUGGCCGACCUUUUCUGUACAACUCAAAACAUUUGCCUGAUCAACACAAAACGUCUUGUACAAUCAAAUUUCAAAUUGCAAAUUUUGCCCAUGAACAUUCCACUAAGGACCGGGGGCAAACUUCUCACAUAUCAAUGAGUGCACUCCGAUUCAAGUUUAAGCUCAAUGAUAAGGGGCCUUCUAUUUAUAGCAGAGUCCGAAAGGCGUGCAGCAGUGCGAUACCUCUUUGGAGAGAAGUUUUACAUGGCAUAGAACCUCACAAAUGUUGCCAGUAUUAGGAGGGGAAAACCACCGCUGAAAAUUUUGUUCUGAUGGUUUCGCCCGGAUUCGAACCCAGGCGUUCAGCAUUAUAGGCGGACAUGCUAACCUCUGCGCUACAUUGGCCUCCUUGCACAAUCUCCCAUGUUUACAUGAAUACAAGACUAUUCGUUCAUGUGUUACAUUCAUACUGAAUAUUAAUUUACAAAUGUUCUAUCACAACUUUGCAAAUGUUCUCACGAAAAUCUUAAAACUAGUCCACUAGGAGAAGCCAACGCAAUGGUAGCUUUGUUCGUGCCUAUGUUCCUCCAAGUAAAAGCGUGCUAAGUUCGGCCGGGCCGAAUCUUAUAUACCCUCCACCAUGGAUCGCAUUUGUCGAGCUCUUUCCACGGUAUCUCUUUUUAGGCAAAAAAAGGAUACAAGAAAAGAAUUGCUAUGUUAUUGAAACAAUAUCAAGUUAUGGUUCAUUUCGGACCAUGAUUGAACUGAAUAUUGGAGACCAUAGUAGAAGUCAUUAUGUAAAAUUUCAGCCAAAUCAAGUAAGAAUUGCGUACUUUAAGGGCUGAAGAAGUAAACUAGGGAGAUCGGUUUAUAGGGGAGCUGUAUUAGGCUAUAAACUGAUUCAUGACAUAUUCGACACGUAUGUUAAAGGUCAUGUGAGAAGAUGUUGCAGAAAAUUUCAGUCAAAUCGGAUAAUACUUGCGCCCUUUAGAGGCUCAAGAAAUCAAGAUCCCAUAUCGGUUUAUAUGGCAGCUACAUCAGGUUAUGGACCGAUUUGAACUAUUCUUAGCGCAGUUGUUGAAAGUCAUAAUAAAACACCUCAUGCAAAAUUUCAGCCAAAUCGGAUAAUAAUUGCGUCCUCUAGUGGCUUAAGAAGUCAAACCCCCAGAUCGGUUUAUAUGAGAGCUAUAUCAGAUAAUGGCCCGAUUUUAACCAUUCUUAAUACAGUUGUUGGAAGUCAUAACAAAAAAAGUCAUGCGAAAUUUCAGCCAAAUCAGAUAAUAAUUGCGUCCUCUAGUGGCUCAAGAAGUCAAGACCCCAGAUCGGUUUAUAUGGCAGCUAUAUCAGGUUAUGAACCGAUUUCAACCGUACUUAGCACAGUUGUUGGAAGUCAUAAUAAACUACCCCGUGCAAAAUUUCAGCCUAAUCGGAUAAGAAUUGUGCCCUCUAGCGGCUCAAGAAAUCAAGAUCCCAGUUCGGUUUAUAUGGCAGCUAUAUCAAAACGUGGACCGAUAUAGCCCAUUUACAAGCCCAACCGACCUACACUAUUAAGAAGUAUUUGUGCAAAAUUUCAUGCGGCUAGCUUGCUUUCGGCAUACAGACGGACGGACAGACGGACGGACAGACGGACGGACAGACGGACGAACGGACAUGGGUAGUUCGACUUAAUAUGUCAUGACGAAUAUUUCGAGGAGUUACAAACAGCAUGACGAAAUUAGUAUACUCCCAUCCUAUGGUGGAGGGUAUAAAAAUGUUUCAAAAAAUUGGGUUGGUGAUAUAGGCAAUUUCCAGGACAGCCACUGUAGACACAUUUGCCGUUUCAUCGUCUACCGUUCAAAUAUUUUAACAGGGUUGAAGAUUAGGAAACUUUGUGAUUCAAUUAGGCUAAUAGUUCGAUUAGCCUUAAGGUUCGAUUAGGCUUAAGGUUCGAUAAGGCUUAGUCGUGGCAGUCUCACUUGUGAUACUAAAGGAGCAGGAGAGGGAACGGUAGUUGCAGAUUUGGCAGAAAUUUUGUACAACGGCUUCUCCCAUGACCUUUAACAUACGUGUCUAAUAUGGUCUGAAUCGAUGUAUAGCUUGAUACAGCUCCCAUAUAAAGCGAUCUCCCGAUUUUGCAUCUUAAGCCCUUACAAAGCGCAAUUCUUAUCCGAAUGGACUGAAAUAUAACACAAUGACUUCUGCAAUAUUCAGCAUUCAAUUCAUUUAUGGUCCGAAUCAAACUAUUACUUAAGAUAGCUCCAUUAGCAUGACAGUUCUUAUUCAUUAUUCAUACUUUGCCUAAAAAGAGAUACCGCCCAAAGUACUCGACAAAUGCGAUCCAUGGUGGAGAGUAUAUAAGAUUUGGCCCGGCCGAACUUCACUCUCUUUUGUUUUUUCACUCUCUUUUGUUUAAACGAGUUGUAAAACUCCGUUGCCGUAACAAGGUGUCCUACUACGUUAUCAGUUGUGCCUGCCUCUAACUUUCAUGCUGUGGCAAAUAAAGGGUGAUUUUUUUGAGGUUAGGAUUUUCAUGCAUUAGUAUUUGACAGAUCACGUGGGAUU